AUGGACAACGGCAUCGGCCCCGGGUCCGGCGUCACGGCAUCGGCCAUGAGUCUGGGCAGGGGAACGGGCACGCGCACUGAUUCUCCAGACCAACAGCAGAGCGAGAAUACCAUGGACGACGGCGCGUCAUCCGAGGCUGCUCUCGCCUGCAACUGCUGCCGCAAACGCAAGCUUCGAUGCUCUCGCGAGGUUCCAACGUGUCAGCAAUGUCGCAAGACGGCACCAGCCUCUCUCGCGGCGCCGCCAUCGGGCGAUGCGUCACGUCCAGACGGCGACAGGAACCCCUAUGAUAUCCUCUCCUUCUUCGCCAGAGAGCUGCAACGGUUCAACAAUGAGAGGCCCGACGUCACUCCACCGCAGCCGCCACGUCACGAUGAACGCCGACCGCUGCAGCCGCGGGUGAAGAGGCGACGCGGCGAUAGCAGCGAGGACAUUCGAGUGCCCAUUCGUCUCAACGUGCCCUCGCUGCCUGACGGCGAUGUCUUGGACGGCGUCCUCCGCGCAUACUUUGCCCACGUGCACCCUUGGAUUCCCAUGAUCCACGAGGGUCGGUUUCGUCGCCGCCUCGCUGAUCCCGACGACCACCCCCGACUCCACGUCAUCCUGCACUCCAUGAUCCUUGUAGCAUCGCGGUAUAUCGAGGACGUCGACUCGGCCGUCGCACUGACUGUGUCUCGCGAGAAACAAGAACAGGUCAGGGACUGGAUCAUUGCACAGGCCAUGAGAGACUUGUCGGUGGAGAACUUGCAGGCACUGACCAUGGUCGCGUUCAACGAUAUUGGAAAUGGAGAAGGGUCGCAGGCCUGGUCGCUCAUCGGAUCGCUGACGCGGACCGUGGAAUACCUACAGCUGACCAUCGAGCAUGAAGACACGGAAAGGCUGUCGCUGACCCAGCCAUUUGCGUCUCUGGCGCCAGCGCAGGACUGGACCGAGACGGAGGAGAGGCGGCGCGUGUUCUGGAACGUCUUCAACCUGGAUCGGUUCUGCUCUGUGACUAUGGGCUGGAACACGAGCCUGACCUCCGACGACGUCAACCGCCGGCUGCCGUGCGACGGCUUCACCUGGCGCAAGGAGGACCCCGUGCAGACGCCGUAUUUCGGCAUCUGGGACAAGGGAGCCGGGCGAAUCGGUAACCCCAUCGCCUUCUUCCCGUCGCACUACGUAGCGCCGUCGUCGUCGCACGUCAAGGACGAAGAGAUCCAGACGCCGUCCGAGACGGGCGCGUCACCGGCCGGGGGGCCAGCGGCAGCCGUCGACAUGUCGGCGGUCGGCGCCUUUGCCUACAGCAUCGAGGCGACCGAGUCUCUGAGCCGCGUCAACUCGUACUUCCUGCAGCAAAAGGUCAACAUGCAGGAUCACCGCGACCUCACGAGCUGGCUGACACGGUUCAAAGAGAUGGACCUGCGGCUGGUGCAUUGGAAAAUGUUUCUGCCGCAGAAGUGGAAGGCCAACAUGGCGCGGCAGUCCUCGCGCAUGGAUCCGAACCUGACUCUGGCCCAUGUCACGCACAACGCCUCGAUGAUUCUGUUGCACCAGGUCAUGGCCUUCCCGCCGCCCGAGUGGUCGUUUCGCAAUCGGCUGCCGAGCAUUCUCAGCGAGGACACAUGCAAGGCGGCCGCCAUGGAGAUUGCCACCAUUACGCAGAACUACCUGAAGAACGCGCCGCCCACGGUGCCCGUCUCAAGCGCGUUCGCGUUUUGCCUCUACGUCGCCGCCAAGGUGCUGCUGUCCAAGUGGCGCUACACGACCCGCGAAGACCUGGCGCCCGACUUUUGGUGUCUCGUCCAGAGCCUCGAGGAGAUGGCUCGUCGCUGGGUCGGGCCUCACGGCCUCGACAACGGCCGCGUGUGCCUCGCCGCCAAGUAUGCGCAGAAGCUGACCGAGUCGUACCACCGCUGCGUCAGCGACGAGCACUUUCGCAUCAGCGGCCUCGGCUACACGAAUGAGAUUGACCACAGCGUCGUCAGGGCGUCGAGGGACGUCGAGGGACACUCUGGCCGCGACCAGACAAAUGGCGCAAACCCAAUGCGACAGCUUGCAGUGCCGACUUCUCAUGCUGCACAGGGCACCUCGGGAUUCCGGCCGCCACCGCCGCCGCCUCCUGCCGCUGCCGCUGUUCCUUCUCCUACCGGACCAGGGCCCUUCCCAGGGCAGCCGGGCAUGGCGUUGGGGAUGGCGGCCGGACCUGGCGGCAUGCCCACGUCGGCGAUGGCAGGGUCCAGCCUCGGGGGCAUGGUCCGGCCGGCGCCGUAUCACAGGGGCGCAGAGAUGGGGGGCAUCGACCAGGCCUUUGGGAAUCAGCAAUAUGUCGACAUGGACCGCGUCAUCAGCUAUGACGACGGCAUGUUUGGAACCGAGUAUGAGGGCGGAGGCUGGUGA